CGGCAUACGAUCAGAAAAGUAGUCGUUCGAUAAGAACCACAACAAAAAAAUAUUAAUCGAAUUUCAUUUUAUUUUAAGUUAUUGUUGUAAAGUGCAGACAAAAAAAAUAUAAAUUAAGAUGUACGAAACAGAUUUAUUAAUGUGCAUUGCAUUUAUACUUUUAUUUAUGUACAUCAGUGAUGCUGUACGUGAUUAUAUGAGAUAUCGUAGACAAUUUUGGAAUAUACGAGGUCCAAAGACUCUUCCACUCACUAUCAUUGCUUAUAUUUUUACGGCAAGAUCUAAUGCCGAUCGCUUUGAAGUUCUCCAAAAUCUAUCAAAACGAUACCCAAGGUAUUAUUCAGUAUGGUUCGGCACAAAAUACCUCUUUGUUACUGACGAUCCGCAUGUCUCACAAAAACUUUUGACCAUACCAAAUUGUGUGGAAAAAAAUUUCUUUAUGGACUUUUUCGGCUUCCCAAGAGGCUUAAUUGCUAUGAAAUCUGACAGAUGGAAGUAUGAAAGGAAACUUCUCAAUUCUUCCUUUUCUUUGCCCGUACUACAAAGUUAUGUGCCAAUCUUUACGAAAUGUAUUGCGAAGAGUAUAGAACACUUGAAGGCAAAUUGCGAUAAGGAAGAAUUUGACAUAAAGCAUGACGUUACAGUUGUUGUUAUGAAUGCUGUUAUGAACACAACUUUUGGAAAGGACAUAUCUCGAGAUGUCGCAAAAAUAUUUAUGGAAAACACCGAGAAAUACUUGGACAACAUAUGGAAUAGAGCAAUGAAGCCUCAUUAUCACUACGAUAUAAUCUACAAUCUCUCAAGUAUGAAACGUGAUCAAGACAAAAAUCGUAAAUUUUUCUUUGAUUUCAUUACAAAUGAAUGGGAUCAAAUACAGAGUGGGAACUGCAAUGCAGCUGAUGUAGAAAAUUCUUUUAUUGGACAGUUGUUGAAGGUUUCGAAAAAUGGACGCAACUAUGAGAUUGAGGAUAUUUUAGAUCAUUGUGGAACGAUGAUGGUUGCUGCUGCAGACACGAUGAGUACAGCACUAAAUUUUAUCGUCUUAAUGCUCGCCAUGCACGAGAACGUGCAAGAAUGUAUAAUAAAGGAAAUCAAUGAGGUUUUAGGCGAUGAAUGCAUGAAGGAAGAUCUUAUCAUAGACUAUGAAAAGCUAUCAGCACUAAAGUAUGUAGAAAUGACUAUAAAGGAGGCAUUAAGACUAUUCACUCCGGCAACAGGCCUUUUCCGUGAAACGAAGGCUGAUGUUGAUUUAGGUAUCGAAAACAUUCAACUGCCGAAGGGAACUAAUUUAGUGAUAAACAUUUAUGGAUUGCAUCGUAAAAAGGAAAUUUGGGGUGAUGAUGCUCACCUCUUUAAGCCAGAACGUUUCGAUUUUGAGAGUUCGUAUGACAGAAGUCCUUUUACUUUCCUGCCAUUUUCUAGUGGCAUUCGGAUGUGUGUUGGAAAUCGAUAUGCGAUGAUAUUCAUGAAAUUAAUUGUUCUCCAUUACGUUAAGAAUUUCCAUUUCUCAACGUCAUUGAAAUAUGAAGAGAUGAGAGUUAAGGCAGGCAUAACACUGAAUUUGAUUGGCAAUCAUUCAGUGAAAAUAACUCGAAGAAGGAAGGAGCGAGUGUAAUUAAAGAUUGUUUAUUGUUUAUUAAGCUUAUGACUGUCAUAAUUAUGAUGAUAAACUUAAUAGAGAUGAAAAAUUAGAAAAUUACUCAAUUUAUUAAUAUUUAAUAGAAAUAAAAGUAUGGAAAUGUGAGAUUUAUUAUUGAUAAUGAAAUGUGAGAAAGUUGCUAGAAUUUCUU